AGCGCUCUGCCGGGACUGGGUCCCUGCUCCCGCCCCGUACAAGGCACCUCCCGGCGUGGGGGGGACGCUUCAUGUUUGUGUGUGCCCGAGCACCGCGGCGGCCAUGGCGGAGGCGGCGGGGGGCCCCAGGCCCCGCAGAGCCCGGCGCGGAGCCCGCUCGGCGCCCACCAACAUACUGCAGCAGCUGCGGUACGGGCAGCUCAGCGGCUGCGGCCUGACGCGGGGGACGCAGAUCACAGAGGCCUUGUUAAAGGAAAGAGAUAAACAAGCAAAAUGGAGUGGGAUUCCCUUGCUGCUGCAGAAGCUGUAUCAACAGAGCCACCCAAACAGUGAUUUCUCCCAGUGCCAAAGCAUCUUAAAGGAAAUUUCCCCACUUCUUUCAAUGGAAGCAGUGGCAUCUGUUACAGAAGAUAAAAAAGCUGCUCAAGAGUCCACUUUCCCAAAUACAUACACAUUUGACUUAUUUGGAGGAGUUGAUCUUUUAGUAGAAAUUCUCAUGAGACCAACUCUUAUCACACAGAAAAAGAAACAGAAAAUAAGCGAUGACCUGAUCAAGGACUGUUUAAGCAUACUGUACAACACAUGUAUAUGUACGGAAGGAGUCACAAGGCGAUUGGCAGAAAGAAACGACUUUGUGUUGUUCCUGUUUACACUGAUGACAAACAAAAAGACAUUCCUACAAACUGCAACACUCAUUGAAGAUAUCCUGGGAGUGAAAAAGGAAAUGAUCCAACUGGAUGAUAUCCCCAAUCUUGGGAGCCUGGUGUCCAGUUUUGAUCAGCAGCAGCUUGCAAACUUCUGCAGGAUCCUUGCUGUCACCAUUUCAGAGCUUGACCCAGGCAGUGAUGACAAGCACACGCUGCUUGCCAAAAAUGCCCAGCAGAAAAAAAAUUUGGGUCCUUCUCGAGCUGAAAUUAAUCAAGCUACACUUCUGAAUAUUCCAGGCUUCAUUGAGCGCUUGUGCAAACUGGCAACACGGAAGGUGUCUGAAACAACAGGUACUUCUAGCUUCCUCCAGGAGUUGGAAGAAUGGUACACCUGGCUGGGGCUGGACAAUGCACUAGUGCUUGAUACACUGAUGAGAGUGGCAAAUGAAGAGGCAGAGCAGAGCAGUACAGAAUCUUCAGAUGAGAGUGGCUUAGCCAACACCUCGACACGAGCACAGCUUCCACAGCCCAUGAAGAUCAUGCACGAGAUCAUGUAUAAGCUGGAGGUGUUGUAUGUUCUUUGUGUGCUGCUCAUGGGGAGACAGAGGAAUCAGGUUCAUAAAAUGAUAGCGGAGUUCAAACUGAUUCCUGGCCUCAAUAACUUGUUUGACAAACUGAUCUGGAGAAAGCAUUCAGCAUCAGCCCUGGUUCUGCAUGGACACAACCAGAAUUGUGAUUGUAGCCCAGACAUUACUUUAAAGAUCCAGUUCUUGAGGCUUCUUCAGAGCUUUAGUGAUCACCAUGAGAACAAGUAUCUGCUUCUAAACAGCCAAGAACUCAACGAGCUGAGUGCUAUCUCCCAUAAAGCCAACAUCCCUGAAGUUGAUGCAGUUGUCAACACAGACAGGAGUCUCGUCUGCGAUGGGAAAAGGGGUUUGUUGACCAGACUGCUUCAGGUCAUGAAGAAGGAACCGGCUGAAUCCUCCUUCAGGUUUUGGCAGGCGAGGGCAGUUGAAAGUUUUCUGCGGGGCACCACUUCCUAUGCAGACCAGAUCUUCCUGCUGAAGAGAGGACUCCUGGAGCAUAUUCUCUACUGCAUUGUUGAUAGUGAGUGCAAAUCACGAGAUGUGCUUCAGAGUUACUUUGACCUUCUGGGAGAACUGAUGAAAUUCAAUAUUGAUGCAUUCAAGAGGUUCAACAAGUACAUCGACACAGAUGAGAAGUUCCAGAUAUUUUUAAAUCAGAUCAACAGUUCACUGGUUGACUCAAACAUGCUUGUUCGCUGCAUUACCCUGUCCCUGGACCGAUUUGAGAAUCAGUCUGAUGCUAAAGUUGCAGAAGUCCUGUCAGAGUGCCGCCUGUUGUCAUAUAUGUCCCAGAUGUCCAUGAGAAUGUCCUUUCUUUUCCGUCUCAUUAAUAUUAUUCAUGUACAGACACUUACACAGGAAAAUGUCAGUUGUUUGAACACAAGUUUAGUUAUCCUAAUGCUGGCCCGAAGGAAAGAAAAGCUGCCUUUUUAUCUGCACACUUUGCAACAGAUGGAGUACACAGAAAAAUACCCAGGCUUCAUCCUGAACAACUUCCACAGUCUCCUGCGAUUCUGGCAGCAGCAUUACCUCAACAAGGAUAAAGACAGCACCUGCUUAGAAAAUAGUUCAUGUAUUAGUUUUGCCUACUGGAAAGAGACUGUAUCUAUACUGCUCAGUCCAGACCGGACAUCCCCCUGUGCCAUAGUUAGCUACAUCGACGAGGCGUACAUGGACGUUGACAGAGACUUUGCUGAGGAGUAACUCUUCACUCCGCCUUCUGAUGGACAGCGCUUGGAGGGUCCCUCACAGCCCAUGGAUUUUCAGGGAUAUGCUGUGGAGUGUGUGUGUGUGCACGGCUUGGAACCGUGGAGCAUUGUCCUAACCCCAACCCCCCUCCCCCCCCAUCCCCAUCUCUGAUCUCUAACAGAUGAGACUCUGAGAGCUCUCUGGGCAACACAUUCAGGGAUGUAUCUUCCAGCUGUUCUGGGAUAAAAACCAUUACCUUGCAAAAA